AUGGGACCCUCCAAUAAGUCUAUUGGAAUUGGCUCUGUAUCAAUGGAAUCUCAUCAUCCAUACAUAACGAAUGUGUGGGAAGAAAAUAGAUUUAUGGAUGGAAUCAAAUAUGCAGUAUUUACAGACAAAAGUAUUCGGUUAUUGGGGAAAAAUCAAUAUACUUUUAAUGUCGAAUCAGGAUCAACUAGGACAGAAAUAAAGCAUUGGGUCGAACUCUUCUUUGGUGUCAAGGUAAUAGCUAUGAAUAGCCAUCGACUCCCGGGAAAGGGUAGAAGAAUGAGACCUAUUAUGGGACAUACAAUGCAUUACAGACGUAUGAUCAUUACUCUUCAACCGGGUUAUUCUAUUCCACCUCUUAGAAAGAAAAGAGCUUAA